AUGGAAAAGGAUUCGCUCGGUGGCAGCAAAUAUUUGCUGCUGAUCAUCGACGAAGCCAGUGGAUGCAUGAAGGGCUUUUGUCUACGAGUGAAGUCCGAGAGUGAAGACUACAUCCGGAAAUAUAUCACCAUGGUACAGACGCAAUUCUGUAAGAAGGUCAAGUUCGUGCGACACGACGGAGCUCGCGAGUUUGCAACCAACUCGCUUCAACUGUUCUACGAAGACGAAGGCAUUGAACAGCAGACAACGGUGCCGUAUGCACAUCAAACAAACGGAACAGCAGAGCGUGCCAUUAGGACUAUUGUCACGAUCGGCCGCAGCAUGCUUCAUCAUGCCAAACUGGACAAGUGUUUCUGGGCCGAAGCAGCGAUGACGGCCAUCUACGUCAAGAAUCGACUGCCGUCACCUAAAGUCGUGCACAAGACCCCGUUUGAGAUCGUCUACAACUUGAAACCAAGCGUCAAGCACAUGCGAACAUUCGGGUGUCAGACAUACAUACUGACGCCUAAAGAGAAUCGACUCAAGUGGGAUCCAAAGGCUCGCGCUGGCAUAUUCGUGGGCUACGAAGAAGUUUCGAAGGCAUAUCGUGUUUAUGACAUCGAGGCGGGGCAGGUGGUUAUCAGCCGCGAUGUCAACUUCGACGAGUCCACCUUUGGACUUCAACUGCCGAUCACUGAUGAAGAUGUCGAUGACCUGGACUUCGAAUUGCUGGAUCUUGAUGACGAAGAGCUGCGUCAAAUGGAGUACAAGCAAACAGGCAAGCGCAAGAACCGACUCAAUGAUGAAGAUACAGCAGCUCCACGACCGCGUGCAGUGCGUCAACGACCAGGACUAGAAGAGUCAAGCGCGCCGGAAAACAACUCGUCACGCCAAGAAGAAGACGAAGAAACGAAGGAUUCUGGUGAUUCAACACCGCCUGUGUUUUGGCGUGCGAGUGCAAAUGCCGUUGAAGCAGCAGUGGACUUAUCAGAGCCCUCAACAUUUGAAGCAGCAGUAAGCGGCCCUGACCAAGUGCACUGGAGAAAAGCAAUUCAUGCAGAGCUCGAGUCAAUGCGACUUCGCGGUGUGUUUCGUGCAGCCAAGCUGCCCAACGGACAACGCGCCAUUGGCACAAAAUGGGUGUUCAAGAUCAAGCGCAAGGCGGAUGGAUCUAUCGAGAAGUACAAGGCACGUCUCGUGGCAAAGGGCUUUCGCCAAAAGUAUGGAAUCGACUACACGGAGACGUUUUCGCCCGUGGUCAAGUAUGUGACGCUGAGAAUGGUGAUCGCAAUUUCCAAGCAUUUUGGAUGGCCCAUCGACCAGCUUGAUGUGGUGACAGCUUUCCUGUAUGGCGUCAUGAAGGAACAAGUGUUCUGCGUGAUUCCUGAAGGCGUCGAACUUGACAUGUCAGGCUUCGACCCAUGUCUCUACAUCAAGACUUCGGACGGCCAUUGCGUGUUUAUACUGGUCUACGUGGACGACGUCUUGGUGACUGGAAGCUCGCUCGAGCUGAUUGCACAAACCAAGAACGACCUGAAGACGCGGUUCGAAAUGACGGACAGCGGCAAGUGUGCGUUUGUUCUUGGGAUCGAGCUUUUGGACGGUGAAGAUGGCAGUGUGACACUAUGUCAGCGUCGGUAUGUCGAUGAUAUCCUCAAGCGCUUUGGCAUGGAUGAUUGCAAGGCAGUCGCAAGUCCAGUCGACAUGAGCUCUCGACUUGUUUCAAGUGAUGCAACUACCAAGGUCGAUGCUCCUUUUCGCGAAGCUGUUGGUGCGUUGAUGCACCUGACCACUGCAACGCGUCCGGACAUUGCGUUUGCUGUGGGCUAUGUGUCGCGGUUCAUGGAAAAUCCCCAAGAAGAACACUGGGUUGCAGUUAAGCGUAUCUUUCGCUACCUACAAGGCACCAAGACGCAUGGAAUUUGCUACAAGCCAAGUGCAAGGAUCGACUUCCGUGGAUAUUCGGAUGCGGAUUGGGCUGGUGAUCUUACCGACCGCAAGUCAACAUCGGGGUACACGUUCAUGCUACUCGGUGCGCCAGUCAGUUGGGGCAGCAAGAAGCAGCCAAGUGUUUCGUUGUCCACGAGUGAAGCUGAAUACAUCGCACUCAGCUUGGCGAUUCAAGAGGGCAAGUGGAUUCAUCGUCUGCUUUGUGAGAUCGUGAUGGCUGCCAAUGAAGAAGGACCGGAACUCAUGAUUCAUGAAGACAAUCAGUCGUGUAUCAAGAUGACGAAGAACCCAGUCAACCACGGCCGUGCCAAGCACAUUGAUAUCAAGUACCAUCACAUCCGUGAUGAGGUCAAGCGCGGUGAAGUGAAGCUCAAGUACUGUGAAACUGCGGUGAUGUUAGCGGACAUCAUGACGAAGGGACUUCACGGGCCACGCCACAAGGAGAUGACGGCGACUCUCGGGAUUCGUGAGCAUUCGGAUUGA